AUGGACUACAGAGGGCCGUUGGUGCUUCUCGUUCUGCUCAGUUGCAGGGGCGCACUCUGCGAAGUGGUGCAGUGGAUGGAACUGAAUGAGGCACAGGCCUAUUUGAAACAAUACGGCUACCUAAAUGAGCCAGGGAAUCCACAGGACCCGAGCUAUCUGGAGGAGGUCAUUCAAGCACUCAGGGUCUUCCAAAGGGUGAAUGAUUUGCCCCCAAGUGGAGAGCUUGAUGAAGCCACCCUUGCUGUAAUGAGGCAGCCUCGCUGUGGCUUGGAGGACCCCUUCAACAAUAAACAGCACAAAUACAGAGUAAUGGGUCGUUGGAGGAAGAAGAGUCUGACCUACCGCAUUUACAACUACACACCAGACAUGAAGAAAGACUUGGUGAAAACAGCCAUCAAGGAGGCCUUCAAGUACUGGAGUGAUGUGACAGAUUUGACCUUCAGAGAAGUGGAAUAUGGUAGAGGUGACAUCAGGAUCGCCUUCCACAAAAGAGACGGCUACUGUGCCUCGCCGUUUGACGGCCCCGGUCAUGUACUGGCCCACGCAGAAGCACCAGAAUCCGGAAUGGUCCAUUUCGACGAGGAUGAGUUUUGGACGGAGGGCACGUACUCCGGCACAAAUCUGCGCAUCGUGGCGGCCCACGAAAUCGGACACGCUCUCGGUUUAGCUCACUCUCAGUUCAAAAGCGCCCUGAUGGCUGCCGUCUAUACUGGUUACCAAAGCAACUUUAAGCUGCACUUUGAUGAUGUGCGUGGUAUCCAGGCACUGUAUGGAAAACCCACCACCGGUACUUCAUCCAGUCCAAUGACACCAGAUGCAGUCGUUCCUACUGAAAGCAGCAAUGGCACAGGCAUCGUCCCAGACCCGUGCACGGCCACACUGGAUGCCAUCAUGCUUGGUCCUUGGAGGAAAACCUUUGCUUUCAGCGGGAACUACUUGUGGACGAUCUCUGAUCUGGGACACAACAUGCCAAUGAGGAUUGACAGGCUGUGGAACAGGCUCCCUGGGAACCUGGAUGCAGCAGUGCACUCUCCAAGGACCAACAAGACAUACUUUCUGAAAGGGAAUAAAGUGUGGCGCUACACUGGCUUUAUGCUGGACUUCGGCUACCCUAAGAGAGUGCAGCGCAUCCCUUCAAAUAUUGAUGCAGCUUUUUACUUGGAGAACAACAAGAAGCUAAUCUUCAUCAAGGGCUCCAGUUUCUGGCAAUGGGAUGAGUUUGUGUACACUACAGUGACUCCUAGGCCGCUGACCAUGCUCUUCUCUGGCGUACCCUCCAGUCCGGAUGCCGCUUUCACCUGGACCAAUGGCAGGGUGUACUUCUUCAAGGGAGAUGACUACUGGCGUGUCAAUGAGCGGCUGAGGGUUGACAGGGGCUACCCAUUGAGCAAGAAAGAGCGCUGGAUGCGGUGCUGA